CACACACACAAACAAUCGACAAUGACGCUACGUUUGUCAAGAUGCGAGUCAAAUAAUGAACCUAGAACUUCUUGGGUGUGCAAGUUACGGUGUUCUAAUGUAUGGUGACGUUCUGUCUCCGAGUGGGAACUGGACUGCAUGUUGCUUUGCCACGUUUCACUAAAUGACGUAAUGAGGUGCAGGCUGAGGUUUCUGAUGCAGUCGCAACUUCCCGGCUAAUCGAUUGACACAACGGACGCUUCGUUUUCAACGUCUUGGUUUCGGUUCGCGCAUAACGCUUCCAUUAUAAUUAUUUCAGGAACAAAAGUUUAUGCAGCGUUCGUUAGUCUAUACUGUAUAGCUUGGUUGACGACUCUGAAGUGCUUCCUGGUUGGAUUUGCAGCCAUUUUGAAUUUUGCGCUAAGAAUCAACUAGCCGGCAGUGCUUCUGGUAGCUGUCUCAGCCACCCACCGCUCCCCUUUUCACACAUCCUAUUAAACCUUCCCACGAGACGGCAACACACUUUUCAACAAGUCCACAAUGAAUCCCGAAUAUGACUAUUUAUUCAAACUGCUCCUGAUUGGUGAUUCUGGUGUUGGAAAAUCUUGUCUCCUGCUCCGAUUUGCAGACGAUACGUACACAGAAAGCUACAUCAGCACAAUUGGUGUGGACUUCAAAAUACGGACCAUAGAACUCGAUGGAAAGACCAUUAAACUUCAGAUUUGGGAUACAGCAGGUCAAGAGCGGUUUCGUACAAUCACGUCCAGUUACUACCGAGGUGCUCAUGGUAUCAUUGUAGUAUAUGAUGUCACAGAUCAGGAAUCCUUCAACAAUGUUAAACAAUGGCUGCAGGAGAUUGACCGGUAUGCAAGUGAAAAUGUCAACAAGUUGUUGGUCGGCAACAAGUGUGACCUGACGACAAAGAAAGUGGUGGAUUACACAACAGCAAAGUUGAGGGCAUCCCCCGCCUCCUGCCCGAAGAUAGCUGGGAUUGGCUCCUGCGACCCUCAUGAGGAUAAGUGGCUCAGAAAAUGGAUGGAUGCAGGUGUGUGUAAAUCUUCCUCACUUAGGGACCUCACAGAGUGGAAGGUUGAGUAUUGCACAGUAUCUUCAGUAUAAGUUGAAAAGUUAGUAAUAGACCAGACCUGAGAUGUUUGACUGAGCCAUGACUCCUUGAAUUCGCCUCUCUCUUGGAGACGACUUGAGCCUGAAGAAGGUUAACACAGCAUCCCCACAGGGGGUGAGAGGAUUUUUUUUUUCUAUACACACACUACAGUAUGUCAGAUCUCAUGUCAGUUCUUUAGUCCUUAAAUUGUUUUGACUUAACAUGUAAUACUUAAAACUGAAAAUAAAUAAUGUAUCCACAGAUCCUGUGUAUCCUGUGAUU